AUGUCUUCCGCACUCAGAAUCGCUCGCGUUGCCCGCCCCCUCGUUGCCAACCCCCAGGUGGCUCGCUUUUCCAUCGCUCCCCGUAUGAUGGCUGGUGGUGAUGCCGGUGCUCCCAGAUCAGGCGGUGCUGCCUCAGGCGACGCCUUCACAAAGCGCGAGGAAGCCUCCGAGAACCUUUACGUCAAGCGUCACGAGCAGGAGAAGCUUGAGGCCCUCAGAAGAAAGAUCAAGGAGGGUGAGGCCCAGCUCGCAAAGGACAAGGCCGACCUUGACAAGGUUGAGAAGAAAUAA